CCCGGCGGGCGGUGGCGGGGCCGCGGCUCCUCCCUCCCUCCCGCAGCCGCAUUCGCCGCCGCAGCGCCGAGGGAGCUGGAUGGUCUGAAGACAGAAGCUGUGGGGCUCUCCAGGGAGCCCCUGCACUCCCAGCAAGGCAGCACCAUGCUGGCUCCAAAGAAAGGCCUCCUGUGCAACCUCAACCACGUCCACCUGCAGCACAUCUCGCUGGGGCUGCACCUCUCCCGGCACCCCGAGCUCCAGGACACAGACGGUUCCACGGGUGGGGGAGACCAGACCGGCUGCAGCCACUGCCGGGAGAACCAUGAGCCGGUGGACGCCAAUUCCAACAAUCCCUCCGUGAAAUGCCGGUGUUGUGAGUCCCACGGCCCGGAGCCGGUGACGCUCGGGCUCCAGAACCAGGCACUGCAAGGGGAUUUCCCCUGCCUGCACAGUGGGGGGGAGGAGGAAGAGGAGGAGGUGGCUUCCCCUUGUGAUCCCCCUUGUGAUUUGGCUUCCUCCUCCUCCUCAUCCUCCUCCUCUGUCAGUAGCUGCUCCGAUUUCAGCUUGGAUGACUCCCCGGUCUCUGUGUACUGCAAGGGCUUCUCCAUAGAAGAGUGCCAACUCCCUGAAAAUCACUCCAACAUCAUUCCCGUAGAAAAUGUCCAGGAUGGCGAGUCUCUGGCUGACCAGGGUGGGACGUGUGAGGGAAGAGAUGCCAACCACAACUCCCCGGUGCUCCGGACACCCAGGAAGAGCCCGGACAGCCUCUGCAGCACCAGCUCGCUCGACUCCCACUGCGACGAGCCCUCUCCGGGCACAGCAGCACAGGAGACCACCAGCCCCCGUGCUGACCUCGACCCCAACUGCAACCCCCUCCCCGAGCCCGAUGCUGCGCCUCCAGCACCGCCCGUGCCGGAACGCCGGGAUCCCGGGAUGCCGAGCGGUGCCCCGGAGCCGCGGCCCCGGGCUGGGGGUGUCCCCCCUCCCGUGCCCCCCCGGCCCCGGCGGAGGAUGCAGAUGCUCAGCGGGCACCGAGCGGAGCAGCCGCGGCCGGCGGAGCCCGAGCCCGGCCCGGGUGAGCUCUGCAGAGACGCGGCCCCGAAGACCAUCACCUCCUUCCACGAGCUGGCCCAGAGGAGGAAGAGGAACGCGGCCGGGCCCGCGCUGGCCCAGGCCAGGGUUGACCGCAGCGACUGGCUGAUCGUGUUCUCUCCCGACACGGAGCUGCCCCCGCCCAGCGAGCUCCUCUCCAGCACCGCAGGCCAGGAGCCGGCCCGGCCCCAGCCCCAGCCCCCGCGGGACGCGCCAGCCCGGCCUCCCGGCCCCCGGCAGAGAGAGGUGACCACGUUCAAGGAGCUGCGGUCCCGCAGUGCCGCCAGGCAGCCCAAGGGCCAGCGGGCAGAGCAGGCCCAGCACCCCCCCGCGCCCCCGGGGCCGGCUCCCGGCUGGGGACCCCCCGCGCCCCCGGGGGGACCGGUGCUGGCCCCCACCGACGGCCACCAGCUGAGGAGGAGACCCCGGCCCAGCCUGCAGCCCAUCGCGGAGGGGCAGCCGGGGGAUGUGGAGGAGGGGGGGCUCCCCCCGGGGCAGAAGGGACCGGGUGCUGCCCUGGUCCGAAGGCUCGGGGGUCCCGGCGGGGCUCCCGCCGUGCCGGGGGCG